ACUUUUACAUGUUUUAUUUAGUUUUUUCCUUAUUGUUAAGUUUUUGUUUUCUUAUAUAUGUUUAUUUUUCAAAUUUAUUAAAUAGCGAAUAAUGGUUGCCGGUAUAAAACAAAAAUACAGAUAUUUCAAAGAUGACAUAGUUAAUCAAUUAUUAGCAGGUUCCUCAUAUUUUAUGCAAAACAAUGAGGAAAAUGAAAAAGCUUUCUAAAAUGACACAAACAAAUGAAGUCAUAACACACGGACAGUGUUUUUUUUUAUGGUAUCAUGUCUUUUCUAGUAAUGUCAAUUAAUAAUCUAUAUUUUACGUUCAUAUCAAAAUAACAGCAGAGAUGUCAAACAACAAAAUGCUUAAACACGUUGGAAAUCAUGUUCUGCUUUUGCCAUGCCUAAACAAAUAGGAAAAUAUAGAAACAGAGGUGAACGAGAAACUGACAUAUAUAAUUAUACUGUCAUACAUGUUAAUUUGUAUUCAUCUAAGUAAUUCCAACCGCGAGUUUAGUUUGCUCUUUUGACAAAUGUGUAGACAUCAAUACAUAUUUUACAACUUUAUAUACGAUUUCGUGACGUCGAUUGUAAAAUCAAGGCCCAGAUAGAGUCAAAAUAGUCCUACCUUGCUACAAUACAUUAUAUGUACAUGUAUAUGAUAUCGAAAUUAUCUUGUGCCUAGGUAUGUAUAAUGUUAAUGCAUUGCAACAGCAAAAUAUGGAUACAAUGUCCUUUGUUUACACAAUACGUUACGUGAAACAAGACCUUAAUUUGUGUUGUUUCAGUUAAAUAGCUAAACAAUAUGUGUAUCUAAAUAAAGGAACACACUCCUUUGAAGACUACUAGGUACAUAUAUCAACAAUUUAGGUCAUUACCCUCACAGGUAAGUCAUAAAAAACCCAGAUGUAUGAUGAAUCAAAUUCAUUUUUGGCUCUGCUCUACCAAACUCUAAAAAAGGUGCUAACAACACCGACUAACACUGAAGGCCAUAUAAAAUGAGCCAUGCACUUAUGCAGUCUUAUUCAGUUUUUAUUUGCAGACAUUCAUAUUCGUAUAUGUAUGUUAACAAUAUGUAAUUAUUAUAAAUUAAUGCGUAUUGCUGAGCUAACUUUAUAUGCUCAUUACCGUAAAGUGUGCCUGCCAUAAAACCAUACAUGGUACAUGCAAUAUAGGAUAACUUUUAUACUACAGACCUUACAUAUUUUACAAUGAAAAUGACACGCCAUGUCGCGUGUGUUACAAAAUGUAUGUACAAUAUCUUAUGUUUAUGUGUGUAUAUCCCUAAGCACAUUAAUGAAUGAUACAUGUAAACAUAGAUCCAAUAACAUAUACAGUAUACUCCUGAUAAUAAUUUAAAAUUCCAUCAUAGAGCUUGUUUGUCCACUUUGGAUGAUAGGGGCAGUUAUAUAGGAAUAUGAAUGUAAAGAUAUCAAUAUAUAUGUUUUAAACCGAGUUUUGAAGCAACGUGAUAUUUUAAAAAUAAAUAAUUUAAAAUAAAAAUACUCCUUUUUCUAUGUAUUACGUAGACAUUUAAGGUAAUCCUUCAAUCCUAUACAAGAAGUGUGGUUAUCUUUAAUUAUUAUUUUUUUCUCCGUUCAUAAUAUAAUUCUUCUCACCACCUGUAAACACUUGUAAACACCUACAGGGAGUGUAAGUAUACGAUAUACAUAUAUAUAACAGGAGUAUAUGUUAGGUAAUACCGAGAAGGCCACAUGAUUCAUCACCAUUUCAACACUCACUUAUCUGUGACUACAACCGUUACGCUUCAGUAAGAACACACUUUUGUUUUGCGAAAUACCAAUCGCGUCCCGUUAAAAGUGUGUGCUAUUUCGAUUAAUGAUAUUGUAUGAUUCGUUAAAAAAGAAGUGUCAGGAUGGGAAUACAGUUGGCUUUUCUCCUUGUCUGUUGUACCUGGCCGACAAUAAUAGAUGGCGAUGAAGAGGAUGAGAAUUGUCGAUAUGGAUACUAUACACAUAAUGGAGAGUAUGAAGAGUAUUUCAUAUCGUGUGGAAGCAAAGAUUAUUGCUGCAGGGAUCUGAUGGAUCGAGCUUGCUGUCCGACCUCUGACAAUUAUUCUGACGACAACGAUGAAACACCUACUGUUGGUCUCAUGUUCGGUAGCAUUGCCGCAUGCACAACGUUUAUUAUUUUGUGUGCAUGUAUAUGCGGGAAAAUGGGACGAAGACAGCGUCCAUCUUCCGAUCCAGAACGGCCUUACACCGCCCAGCCAAACCCCUCUACAGUUGGGGGACCUCCCUUAACGACGUUACAGAAUCAGAGGCCUGGUAGCAUAGCUACAGUACAGACAUCUCCGCCAAGUAACCAAACAAGGGAUGCAACUUCUUCUCCUCCACCGUCAUACGAGGAAUGCCUAGAAAAGAACUUGAUCCUGCCCCCACCUGCCUAUGAUAUUGUUAGUUCAUUUACAAACCAUGCGUUUUCAGACUCGGGCCACAAUGUACCGACUAACACUGGACACAGCGAACACAAUAGUUCAACUACUAGUUCAGAAUGAAUGUGACAUCAUCAUCAUUAUCAUCAUCAUCAUCAUCAUCAUCAUCAUCCAUAUGCCCUGUUGGCCGGGGCGCCGGUUCGAUUCCUGAUGACAGUAACGCUCUGGGAUGGACGAAAGUCCUGGGUUCGACUUCUGAUACUAGCAUAUUACAUAUAUAUUUUUUAAAUGACAUUUGCUCAGUGAGUCUACAAGCGAAAGCUAUCCGAGAAUAGACCAAGUUUGAGAGCAUUAUUGAAGUUGUCAACUUUGACGUAUCUUGAUGUUCUCUGGGCCACUUCGGUUUGGUAGGUUAUGUAUUUCCGCACGGUUUGUGAUGAUUUCCGCACCUACGAAAAUGGUUCCAUUACGGUUAUGUGCAAUUAUUUUGUAAAAGUGAGUCGGACAAAGGUACUCGCGGGGCGGAGUGAACUGUUAGCAUUUUAUGUUGAACUAAUAUUGUGUGAGCUGGACGAGUACCUGGCUCUCGGAUACAGCUGGAGCUUAUAUAGGAUUCCAAAAUGAUUUCGUAAAAUCUUAUUUACUUGGUGUUGAAUCAAGGAAUGUUUUAAUACUUUUAUUCGUAUUGUUAAACCAUGUAUUUUUUCUGGUCUUGUCAUGUGUAUGGCCAGUGUAGAUUUCUUGCGCUAUGGCAUGUUGCCUUGAAAUAAAUAUGAUGCAUAACUCAA